AACAAAGCUGUCAUUUACUUGUAUCGAUGCAUAUUAAGUUAUAAUAUAUUAUCUUGAUUAAUAAAAAAAAACUAAAAAAACUAUAUAAUAUAAAGUCCCUCAACAACAAUACUUCAUAGCAGAAACAAGCAUUCCUGUCCUCACUUUUUUCUCUCCAUUAAGAUCAAUGGCUGUGGUAAACUCUCUUUCAACACCUUUUCUAAUUACCAAAUCAUCUUUCACUACAAGGACAACAAGGCUGCCUGUCCACAGGCAAGUGGUGUUAAUUGCAAGUAUUCAUGACAAUAUUUCAAACAACAUCUCAUCAUCAUCAUCGUCAUCAACAACAACAACAAUUACUCCGUGUCAGAUCAAAUCAACUUCAAAAAAUGGGCUUAAGGUAUUUGAAGAUAGGUCAACGGGUGUAGUUUGUUAUAGAGAUGAAUAUGGAGAAAUCACAUGUGAAGGAUAUGAUGAAGGCCCUCGUUUUUGUCACCAACCCCCAAAGUCUCCUUCUAAAUCAAGAGAUGAAGAGAUUGUAGAGCUCCUCCAAAGAAAUUGGUUUCAUAUAGCUGAUGGUGCUGUGGAAUGAAGAGACUUUGUGCAUUCUUAACAGGCUUAAUCGACUCGAUUAUAUAUGAUUCAAUUAUAUAUGGUUCAAGUUCAAGCUAAUUAGAUAUUGUUAUAUGAAUACUAUAUUCAUUUUGUUCUAUUCAGACUCAUGAUAGCCGUUGUUGUAAAUAAGGGAUGAUAUAGACUUGCCUUUUAUUUUCUUACUAGUUAAAAUGUAUACAAGUAUGAUUUAUGUAUCGGAUGAAUUUGCACUUU